UCCUUCACCAGUGACUUUACCAAGUGACUGACGGAGAUUGAUGUGUUUCAGUGAGAGACUGCUGCUGUGUAUUUGAGUUGCAUUUUAACCAUGAAGAUCACAGACAGUAGUGUGAUUCGGUUUCACCUUAAAAUUCUCCAUGGGAUAAGUGUGAAGAGCUUGGAGAAGAAAAAGAAGAGCCUGCUCUUUGGUGGUUCAAAGGUCUUUGGGGUUCCUCUGGAGAAUUUAGCCAGGAAAUACAUUCCUGAGUUUGGACUGGUUCCCUGCUUUUUAGUGGAUGCCUGUUCAUUUCUGCUGGAGCGUGCUGGGACUGUGGGCCUGUUCAGAAAAUCAGGCUCUCUUCCUCGCAUUAAGACUCUCAGGGCUAAGUUGAAUAGCGGUGAGGGUUGUCUUUCCACAGCCCUCCCUUAUGAUGUUUCCACGCUGAUCAAGCAGUUCUGCAGGGAGCUGCCAGAGCCCCUGCUGCCCCCCGAGCUGCACGCUGCCUUGCUCAAAGGCCGGGCGUUAUCCAGCCCGCAGGACAAUACCUCCGCCCUGCAGCUGCUGUCCUGUCUGCUGCCUGCCAGAAACUCCUCCUGCCUGCAUUACCUGUUCGACUUCCUCUCCAAAGUCUCAGAGAGAUGCUCUGAAAACUUGAUGAACUGCUCCAACCUCGCCACAGUCUUCGCUCCGUGUCUUUUACCGCCUCCAAACAAGGCCGAAAUGUCUGAAGGGCGGCUUAAACUCAGAGUUCUCGUCCUACACACCUUCAUUGAAAGUCCUCACUUAUUCGGUGUGAUUCCCAAAGCCGUAAUGGACAGUAUGGAGUUUCUGAUCAACUUCCCUCUUCAGGACGCUAGGAGAGGACACAGAAAGACACAAAGUUUGAAAGAGAAGACGGCACCCUGGAUUCCAGUGAGGUCCAAGGUCAAGCCGGCCGUCUCUGAGCAGAGUAAAGAGUCGACGCCCGGGGAGAAACCCACGCUCAGGAGAAGCAUCGGCAUGGAGACCUUCCCCAACAUCCUGCUGUUUAGGAGCUACCAACGUUUCAAGCCUGACGCGGCUUUGCCGGACAGUCACAGCCUCGAUGGCAUAGAGGCAGGCCCACAAGAGACACUAAAAAGAGACCUGCCUUUUGUCAAUUUCUCACGAUUUGCCAGAGGACACGGUUCAGAGAGCUCUCCUGUUCUCACUGGUGUCGGGAAACUGCAGCUCCCACCUUGGAGAAAACGCAUUUCAAUUUAAUAUUAACAAUAUUAAGAAACAAUGUGGGUUGCUCUAAGUUACUGCAGCUCAUCAGGUUAUGAUGUCUGAUUGCCCGGUUUAUAUUUACUGGGAGGUUUAGUGUCCUAACUUGAAUAAUUUUCAAAGUUUUAAUUAAUUUAUGUGUUUUUAAUAUUUAUUUGACAACAGGACUUUUGUAGGUGAACCUUCACCUUUCAUUUUGAGUGAAUAAAUGUUCCAGUUUUUUUAAUUUCUUUUCUUUUUUAUGUUUAACAUAAUGAUAAUAACUGUUAAAUGGUUAUGGUUAGGAAAUGAAUAUCAGUUUAUCUUUGAUGCAAACCAAAGAUUUAAACUCAAAAUGCCAGAAAUCGAAGCAUACAGGAGUUUGUUUAAUCGGGUUAAAAAGGUUAAAAAAAACAACACACCAAUAAAUUAAAUAAUGGAAUAACGAUAUUUUGAUAUACAUUUACUCAAAAGCACAAACAUACAUAGAUUUCUACUCUGAUUUGUCUUUGACAUAAUUACAGUUUAAGAUGAUUAUGUUACAUGUUAGCAUGAUUGCUCGGUGCAGGGUUUCUGCAGGUCAUCCACAAAUAAUUGCCAAAUACAUACAGCCAAUGAGAAGCGAGGAUUUGUUGUAUCAUAGCAACAAC